UGGCUGCGGACAGCUGCAUAGUGCUGUGCAUUAACCUGUUGUACCACCAGGGAGGGCCAGAAAGAGGUAGAAACUGCAGGGGCCUGGCUUUUUGAGAGCCCCUGGCCUGGAACAGAAGGUGGUUCCACGGGUGAAAGGGCAGGUGCAGAGAAGCCUGGCAGGGGCCGCCGGCUGGUUUCCUGGUCCUGAGCCACCCUUCGGGAGAUCUGUAGUGUGGUAGGUAAGCUCCUGGGUUCUGAACUCAGGCUUGGAUUCCGAUCCAUUCUGAGCCAGUUAAACUCAGCAAAACCCUAGGGGAAGUUAAGUGCAGCUUGACCUCCCCAAGCAGGAGGUGCCCAUUGUAUGUGACUGGGUCUCCCCUUCCCCUGCAGGCACAGGCACCCCUAUGUAUAUGAAAGAUGGUAGCAUAAGGCUUGGCAGAAAGUAGGUGCUCAAUAAAGAAUAGCCAUUAUAGCCAUCAUUGUCUAUCACCCCCUUUCCCCAGCAUUCACAUUAUUUAGGAUCCUUGGGCAAUACAGCACGGACAUUAACAAGUGAAUCUAGUAAGAAACAGCAUUCAUUCAUCUAAUUUCCACAGGCACCUGCUAUGUGCCAGGGCUGUGCUGGGUCCAGAGUGUCAUUCAACUUGAAACCUCAGGGAAGAGUAUUCAGAAGCACAGGUCUUCUCUGUUCACUGUGAAAUAUCCGGUGCCUAAAAUAUUACCUGGCACGUGGAAGGCGCUCAAAAAAAUACUAGUUGAAAGAAAUGAAUUAAUUUCUGAGUUGAAGACGGCAGAUGGGCAGGAGUCAGGCAGGAAGCGUGUUCCAGGCGUGGGAACGGCCCUUGCCAGAGCCGGUGCUCACAAAGCAGCCUCAUUUCCCUGUAGGGGUCUCAAAUCCUCGCCAAGUCUUUCUCCAGGCUUCCCCUCCGCGUUAUCGAGCUCCUUCUCUCUCCGCAGGCACGGGCGCCCCCUCUUGGCGGCCCCAGAAGAACCGCUCCCGGGCUGCAUCUGGUGGGGCCGCGCUGGCCAGUCCCGGCCCCGGGUCCUCUGGGCCCUCAGCUGGGUCCGGAGGCAAGGAGCGCUCAGAAAACUUGUCCUUACGGCGCAGCGUGUCAGAGCUCAGCUUGCAGGGUCGGAGGCGGCGGCAGCAGGAGCGCAGGCAGCAGGCACUGAGCAUGGCCCCAGGGGCAGCUGACGCCCAAAUGGGAUCUGUAGACCCCGGAGACUUCGAUCAGUUGACCCAGUGCCUGAUCCAGGCUCCUAACAACCGGCCCUACUUCCUGCUUCUUCAGGGCUACCAAGACGCCCAGGACUUCGUGGUGUAUGUGAUGACGCGCGAGCAGCACGUGUUUGGCCGCGGAGGGAACUCUUCGGCCCGUGGUGGGUCCCCCGCCCCAUACGUGGACACCUUUCUCAAUGCCCCGGACAUCCUACCACGUCACUGCACCGUGCGUGCCGGCCCUGAGCCCCCCGCCAUGGUGCGCCCGUCCCGGGGAGCCCCGGUCACGCACAAUGGGUGCCUCCUGCUGCGGGAGGCCGAGCUGCACCCGGGCGACCUCCUGGGGCUGGGCGAGCACUUCCUGUUCAUGUACAAGGACCCCCGCAAUGGAGGCUCCGGGCCAGUUCGGCCACCGUGGUUGCCCGCGCGCCCUGGGGCCACGCCACCAGGCCCCGGCUGGGCCUUCUCUUGUCGCCUGUGUGGCCGUGGCCUGCAGGAGCGUGGCGAGGCGCUGGCCGCCUACCUGGAUGGCCGCGAGCCUGUGCUGCGCUUCCGGCCGCGCGAAGAAGAGGCGUUGCUGGGCGAGAUCGUGCGCACCGCGGCUUCUGGCGCCGGGGACCUGCCUCCGCUCGGGCCAGCCACGCUGCUAGCGCUGUGUGUGCAGCACUCGGCCCGGGAACUGGAACUGGGCCACCUGCCGCGCCUGCUGGGCAGCCUGGCCCGACUCAUCAAAGAAGUGGUCUGGGAAAAGAUUAAGGAGAUUGGAGACCGUCAGCCAGAGAACCACCCUGAGGGGGUCCCUGAGGUGCCCUUGACCCCUGAGGCUGUGUCUGUGGAGCUUCGGCCACUCAUGCUGUGGAUGGCCAAUACCACAGAGCUGCUCAGUUUUGUGCAAGAGAAGGUGCUAGAGAUGGAAAAGGAGGCCGACCAGGAGGGCCUGUCCUCAGACCUACAGCUCUGCAAUGACUUGGAAUUAUGUGAUGAGGCCAUGGCCCUCCUGGAUGAGGUCAUCAUGUGUACGUUCCAGCAGUCCGUGUACUACCUCACCAAGACUCUGUAUUCAACACUGCCUGCUCUGCUGGACAGUAACCCUUUCACAGCUGGGGCAGAGCUGCCUGGGCCUGGCGCAGAGCUGACGGCCAUGCCUCCAGGACUGCGACCUACGUUGGGCGUGUUCCAGGCAGCCCUCGAGCUGACCAGUCAGUGUGAGCUGCACCCAGACCUCGUGUCUCAGACUUUCGGCUACUUGUUCUUCUUCUCCAAUGCGUCUCUUCUCAACUCUCUGAUGGAACGAGGUCAAGGCCGACCUUUCUAUCAGUGGUCCCGAGCUGUCCAAAUCCGAACCAACCUGGACCUUGUCUUGGACUGGCUGCAGGGGGCUGGGCUGGGUGACAUUGCCACGGAGUUCUUCAGGAAACUCUCUAUGGCUGUGAACCUGCUCUGUGUGCCCCGUACCUCCCUGCUCAAGGCUUCAUGGAGCAGCUUACGAACUGAUCACCCCACACUGACCCCUGCGCAGCUCCACCACCUGCUCAGCCACUACCAGCUGGGUCCUGGUCGUGGGCCGCCACCUGCCUGGGACCCUCCUCCGGCGGAGCGAGAUGCGGUGGACACAGGGGAUAUCUUCGAAAAUUUCUCUUCUCACCCUCCCCUCAUCCUGCCCUUGGGCAGCUCGCGCCUGCGCCUUACGGGCCCGGUGACGGACGACGCCCUGCACCGUGAACUGCGCAGGCUCCGCCGCCUCCUCUGGGAUCUUGAGCAGCAGGAACUUCCGGCCAAUCACCGUCACGGACCUCCCGCGGCCACGCCUCCUUGAUAGCCAAUUACAAACGAGCGCGCGAGCCUUGAAAAUUCGACUUUACUCACUGGAGCGCGCCAGGGCGCAGAGUUUUCCGGGAGUUGUAGUUCUCUCCCCGCGCGGACUGCUGGGAGUUUGAGUUUUCGGGUGGCGGAGGAUGGGAUGGGUAGAGGGGCCUGGGAUUUGAGCGACAGGAGCAAUAAAGGUAUA